AUGGCGCACUGCGACGGACUUGGACGCUACCAAAGAGUCGGUACUGUUUGGCACUGCCCGAGCUUGAUCCAUGCCCUGCAACAACCAACCGUACAACAACCCAUUCCACUUUCCAACGACAACUCGUUCCUGUGUCUCCUGGCCAUCGACAACGCAACUUGUCGCGACAACCAACCGACCAGCCGUCUCUCCAUCGACAACCUCGGGCUUUCUACUGCAUGCUCUAAACCGCCUUCCCGGGAAACAGUCGCCGCGAUGGCUGCCGUGGAGUCACGCAAAGACCAGGAGGCGACCACUAUCAAGGUUGCCUCGUCAAAGGCGAUCCGUAAUGUCGUCAAGCUGAAGAGGCAACCAACAAACAAGCUCUCCAGGAUAGGCAAUUGGAAGGAUGCCAUAGCACCGCUUGACAACGAGGAAAAGAAAAGGGCCAAAGAGAACGCCGCCCCUCCGAGCCCCCUCAUCAAUCAGCUAGACCCCCCCGCACAAGUCACAUUCGACACCGGCCGGCCGCUUGACGAUGUUCCCGAUCUGAUCUACUGCAAGCUCUGCAAGAAGGGAGUCAUCAGGACCUCCGGGAAAGAGCAUAUCGACGAAUGUCUCCGCAUCAAGAGGGAAAAGGCGCAACGUAAAAAGGAGGCCCGCGAGGCACGUGAGCGUGCCAAGGAGGCUGCUCGCGAGGAGGAAGCCCGCAAGAACGACCCUGACGGCGCUGCGGGCCGCGACGAUGACGACAGCGACGCCGACGAGCCCACCGAGAGAAAAGGGAAUGGCGGAAAGACGACCAAGAAGGCUACCGGCAAGAAGCCCGAUACCGGCGGAAAGAAGAGGAAGGCCGAGGGAGAUCUGGAGAAGGGCAAGGCCAAGAAGAAGAAGGACGAACCGAAACCCAAGACUGCCAAGCCCAAGGGCCCUGUGGAUGUUGAGAGGCAGUGUGGUGUCAUCUUGCCCAACGGACAGCCCUGCGCUCGUUCACUCACGUGCAAGAGUCAUAGUAUGUCGGCCAAGAGAUCCGUGCCGGGGCGAUCCCUACCGUAUGAUAUGCUCCUUGUGGCAUAUCAGAAGAAGAAUCAAGCAAAGCAGCAACGAGCCGCCAUCGACGCCAAUGCCCCGUUGGAGGACGACGACGAUCCGAAUGCCGGUGCGGUGGACAGUGACGAGGAGACAGCUGCCGUUAUGAACGCCCUAGCGAACUGGCGACCGCAACCGGUUGUCCCUCAACCUAUCAUUGCACCGAUCAAGAGGCAGUACCAGCUGGCACGGUUGCACGAGCAACUCCAGACCGUAACGAACGGCGGCCGACUGAACAUCUUCAAGGUUGUUGGAUUUGGUGCUCAGAAGCUCCCGGAGGGCCAUCCCGGUCUCUAUCAGCAAGAGGAGGAGCAUGCCGGUGACCCCGAUGUCUCCAUGCAAGAAGCAUUUUCCCGGCGAUCCAGCACUUCUGCCCCGAAACGAAAAUGGCGGACAGACCAACUUGAGGAGGAACUAAUGGAUACAUUACGACGAAAACGAGUGCGCUUGACUCCUGAUUUAGAUCCGAAAUCAUCACCGAACCCGAAGCUGGUACGGCGGAUUGUGCCGCCACUUGUGUCGGGUGCCAUGAAGAGUCCCAGGGGCCCAAGGCACCCAACAGACACAAAGGAACAAUACCUCAGACAGACAUUUGCUCCUGUUAGGAGAGAUGAUAGCGUCCGAUCACCUCAUCCAGAAAGUUCAUCUAGGCCUGGAACCGGGGUAAGCUCACAAAGGCCGCCUAGGCAGGCAUACCCCACACAAAGACCUCCAAGCCGCGAUGCAGAGAGGGCUGUUGCCCGUCCAGGACCGACCAAUCAUUACCACGACGAAUUACCUGCUCGGAGGGAUUCAGUUGGUGUGUCGCUUCGAGGAGGCGGUUCAGAAGUCGGAUCGCCAAGAAGGGAUAACCUUGUGAACCCAGCAGCCGCGCGAACCCCAGCUCGACACCCAAGUCGGCGGUUGUCCUCAGCAUCACCCGGUCAAAAAUCACUACACCUGAGUCCCCAUGUUCCGGAUGAAGUUCGCGCAAUGGAUGCUGAGAAAUGUCCAGAAAUCUCACCGGAAGAAAUGGACAUGCUUCGGGAGAUGUAUAUGGCUUGUCAGCAGCACCCGGAAAAGUUUGAUGAGUACCGUCAGGAAUACCAAGCUUAUCAGCAACGACUACAAGUACAAAAGAGCUUUAGCGGAGGGAAACAACCAACGGGAUCCCAGUCCGCAAGCCCAGCGACUGAAACCCCCCCUCGUUCAAUGUUCGAUAAAACCGAACAUCAUGAAACUCAGCGUGUGCUGGAACAAGCGCAUUUCAGACCUACUUGCUCCCCUCGCCACGGCUCUAGUACGGUUUUGCGUGGCGGCACUGCUUCCCCUUCGAACACCCUAGCAGGCACUCGUCAACGGCCGGAAGUAUCAUCACCGGUAAUUAGCACACAGCAAACUUUACCCGACACUUCACAUACCCCUAGGAAUCAUCAGCGCAAGCGGUCUGGUCCUAUACCACGAAUCAUACUCAAGGUACCGAAGCGUACCCUGCAACCGAAUAUGGGCGUUUCACCAAUGAAAGGAGGUCCUCAACGAGAUGUUGUGAGUUUACCGAGGAAGACUCACGGCCCAGUGGGAGGCAAAAGCUUCAAGGACUCUUCGGUCAAGGAGAGCAGUCUGGUUGGUACUGAUGACUAGAGGGCAUCCGAAAAAUUGGUAAAUCGAAGCAGUUGGAUCACCUCCGCUUAACCAGAGGCACGGCUGCUCGCGACAAGGGAGUCUACGGCCACGCAGCCUAGAAUUAUCCGAUAUGAAGUCAGGAGUUUGAUAAAUGCGACUACACGAUGGUCCUACACUGGGGGGAUUUGGAUCUCCAGUUGUUAUUUGCGUGGGCUCUCACCAUGAGCCUGUGGUUCCUUUUACUGCACUACAGCUAUGCUGCUUUUCCGUUAUACCUACUUUCUCAUUUGGCGUUGGAAGUUUCAGAGAGGAACAAACGGGUUUUGCAUUUCGGAUACCUCACUGGUUGGAACUUGGAAGGCACAGGCGUUGGUUGGUUCUCUAUACAGUUGGAACUAUUGACCUAUCUUUACGUAUCAUCUUCUUUUGCAACUUUUUCUUUCUUUCUCUUCUUUUAUUUUAGUUUUCGAUCUCGUAUUGACGGAGCUUGCUUGGUCAAUAUAUUGACUCAAGCGGAUAGGAUAGGUUUGGGUCUUCAGUUAGUUACAUAUAUACGAAGACGACCCUGGUGGUGGGUUUGGUUUGGGAACCACGUCUGGGGUUCGAAGCGAUCACGCGGUAUGAUAAGAGGUAAACAUAGAAGGGUGAAUAUGAUCAGCGUGAUACCUCAAAUACGAUAGAUGGCAUUUUG